GAGGAUCGACUGAUAAUGAAACCUGGCCAGAUAACACAUCACAUCACACUUCGUGUUUGAUAGACAAAAGUUCUUAUUCUUAAAAUUGUAUGAUUCAUCCUGUAAUUUUUUGAAUUUUAUUUAAUUUUACACGUGUCCUCUAGUGUUGGAGCUACGAUAAAAGUUUCUUCUGAAUUCAUAAAAUCAUUAGUUUCUUCGUUAAUAUUUAUCCAUGGCGUAUUACGCUCCACCACCUUCUAACGUGCCCAGCCAAGAAUUCCUGUGGGAUGUGUUUCAAAGAGUCGAUAAAGAUCGAAGUGGUUUUAUAACCGCCAAUGAACUUCAAACUGCUCUGUCUAAUGGAACAUGGGCUCCAUUCAAUCCAGAAACCGUUCGUUUAAUGAUAGGAAUGUUCGAUAAGCAAAACAGAUCAGCCAUCACAUUCCAAGAUUUUGGUGCCCUGUGGAAAUAUGUGACAGAUUGGCAAGCAUGUUUUCGUUCAUUCGAUCGGGAUAACUCAGGAAAUAUUGAUUUCAACGAACUGAAAUCCGCAUUAACCACGUUUGGUUACAGAUUAUCUGAUAAUCUUGUUUCCUUGAUGUUGCGUAAAUUUGAUAGAUUUGGGAAAGGCACAAUUUUGUUCGAUGAUUUCAUUCAAUGCUGUAUCAUACUACAGACUUUAACCGCAGCAUUCCGUCAAUAUGAUACCGAUCAAGAUGGCGUCAUCACUAUUCAUUACGAACAAUUUUUAGGUAUGAAUUUGAGUUGUAUACAUUGAUGGAUUUUCAAGGAGCAGACCUACUUACUUGUUCGAUUGUUUUUCAUUUUUAUUUCGGUUUUAAACGUUAUUCCUUUUUAUGAUUGUUUGUAAUUAAUUAUCAAUUACCAAUGUACUAUUUUAUCCUUUUUGAAAUAUAUUAAAAUUUUAUUUUA